AUGCUCUCAGUUAAACUGAUGAAGCCCAACCAGUGGCUACUCGUUUGCAAGCUUGGACAGCAGAAACUGGCCCACAUGUCACGGAGACUCAGGUUACAACAUCUCGGACCCAGGAAAGAUGAAAAUGAAAAUAUCACCCUGGUUUCAGGAUUCAUUCUUUUAGGAAUAGAGACAUCUCCAGCACUGCAGACUUUGCUCUUUGUAUUAUUUGCUAUAAUUUAUAUUUUGACAGUUGUUGGCAACUUCACUGUUCUUGUCAUAAUUUGUCUGGACUCCCGUCUUCAUACCCCCAUGUAUUUUUUUUUAGUCAAUCUUGCUUUAAUAGAAAUAUUAUAUACUACUGCUAUUACCCCAAACAACCUAAAGAAUAUCUUGAAUGAAGAUAAGACAAUCUCCUUUGUUGGCUGCUUUGUUCAGAUGUUUACGUUUGUGACUUUGGGUGGCUCUGAGUGUGUCCUACUUGGUGUUAUGGCUUAUGAUAGAUAUGUAGCCAUUUGUCAUCCUCUGCUUUAUAAUACAAUCAUGAACCAAUUUGUUUGUGUCCUUCUUACACUAACCAGUUGGACCAUUGGAUUUUUAGAUUCUGUGGUACAAACUACACUCACAGCAUUGUUACCGUUCUGUCAUAGCCAUCUCAUAAAGCAUUACUUCUGUGAGAUCCCACCACUUCUUAAGAUCUCCUGUAAAGAUACUCAUAUCAAUGAACUGGUUGUAUUUUUUCUUGGGGGCUGUGUGAUUGUAAGCUCUCUACUCUUAACUCUUAUAUCUUAUGUUUGUGUUAUUGCGGCUGUGCUACAGAUCCCUAGUCAGAAAGGAAAAAGAAAAGCCUUUUCUACAUGUUCCUCACAUCUCAUAGUUGUUAUCAUCUUCUUUGGAACAGUCGUCUUCACUUAUCUCCGGCCUGCUUCACACUCACUCUAUGGACAGGAUCAUGUCAUAUCUUUGGUAUACGGUGUUGUGACACCUCUUUUAAAUCCUAUCAUAUAUUGCUUAAGGAAUAAAGAUUUUCAGAAGGCAGUAGAAAAGGUUUUCUUUAUAACUAAACGUAAUUUGUAA